AUUAUGAAUAUAUUACUGAGAUUAGACCAUCUACUGGUUUAUUCCAUAACGGAGUCUCGAAAAAUAAGCAAUUUUUUUUGGGCUUUUAUCAUUUUUUUAGGUUCAUUGGGGUUGUUAUUGGUUGCAAUUUCCAGUUAUAUUGGUAUGGAUUUUUUCAUUUUUUUUGAGGAAAUUAUUGAUUUUCCAUUUAUUCCACAAGGGGCCACAAUGUCUUUCUAUGGAAUGGCGGGUCUCUUUAUUAGUUUUUAUUUGUGGUGCAUUAUUUUUUGGGAUGUAGGUGGUGGUUAUGAUAUCUUCGAUAAAAAAAAGAGAAAAGUGUGUUUUUUUCGUUGGGGAUUUCCUGGAAAAAAUCGUCGUAUUAUUCUCGAAGUACCUAUGAAAGAGAUUCAAUCCAUCAGAAUAAUAACAGGAGUUAUAGAAGGAGGUAUUUUUACUCGUACCCUUACUUAUGAGAGUCUUGUUUAUAUGGAAACCAUAGAACAGGGGUUUAUUCCCUUGACUCGUAUUGAAGAUAAUUUGACUCCACUAGAAAUUGCAGAUAAAGCUGCUGAAUUAUCUAUGUUUUUGGGUGUACCACUUUUGUACUGA